GGCUAAAUACGCUGGUGUACUCAAUUUUGACUUUCCAUAGUACUAUGCUCCAGGGCUGCGCAUCGCCGAAAGCCCAGCUUGCCUUUAAACCACACCGUGGCGUGCCGCGAGUCCACCUGCAGCGACAAACGUCCCUGGCCUCCACGUCCAGUAAAAUGUCACCCUACGACAGAGCGAGGGAUGCAUUUAGCUACUUCAAGGAUGAGCCGAGAGUUGCAUUCAUGGAGAACGCGGGCGGGUCGCAGGUUCCCGGCUGCGUCGUGGAGGCUGUGCGUGAGCACCUGACGUCCCACUGCGCCCAACUGGGUGCGGGCUACGGGCGCUCUCACCGGUCGUCACAGAUAGUGCGCAAUGCGCACGAGUGGUUGGAGGUUUUUAUGAACGUGCGAGGCCUGGGGCAGGUGGUGGUCGGCUCCUCCACCUCCCAGCUAGCCCUCAACCUGUCCUGCCUGUUCUCAGAGGCGAGCUUCAUGGGUCCCGGCGACAACGUAGUGAUGCAGCAGGCCUCACACGAGUCCAUCAUCGGGCCCUGGGUGCGAAUGGCGGCGCGUGUGCCGCAGCCGGCUGGCGGGGACGGCAGCUCCAGCGCGGGUGGCGGGAGUGGCGGCGGCGGGGGCUGUCAGGUGCGGUGGUGGGGCGCGGACCCUGCCUCCGGCGGCUCCUGCGCGAAGCAGCUGGAGGGGCUGCUGGACGGCCGCACGCGGCUGGUGGUGCUGACACACGUGUCCAACUUGCUGGGCGACAUUCUUGACCUGCCGGCAGUGGUGCAGCGGGUGCGGCGGCUGGCCCCGGCGGCGCAGGUGGUGGUGGACGGUGUUGCGUACGCACCACACCGCGCCAUCGACGUGGCCGGCUGGGACGUGGACUGGUACUUCUACUCGCCGUACAAGGUGUACGGCCCCCACCUGGGCGUCAUGUACGGCAAGACAUCUGCCUACGCUGCCCUGGUCGCUGCGGGCGGUGACCGGGACUGCGGUCCCAACCACUACUUCAUAGACAAGCACCAGCUGACCUACAAGAUGGAGCUGGGUGGGGCCAGCCACGAGGGCUGCGCGGGUCUCUUGGCGCUUCAGGACUACCUGCUCUACCUACUUCAACAGCAGCCCCCGCCCCAGCCAACAGCUGCCGCCCAAAUGGCAGCCGCCGCCUCCAGCACCGGCUCAGGCCCGGCCCCAUCGCCGCUGCUCGGCGGCGUGCGCAUGUCGCGGGCGCAAGUUGAGGCGGCGUUUGAGCUGAUGGCAUCCUUGGAACAACCGCUCACAGAACGGUUGGUGUCCUACCUGGCGGCGCAACCAUCUGUACGGCUGGUGGGCUCAACCGACACGCGGCCGGGGGUGCGGGUGCCCACGGUCAGCUUCGUGCACCGGCGCAAGAGCUCCGUGCUGCUGGCCAGGGAUCUGCAGGAGGCGGGCUUCGCGGUCCGCUGCGGGCACAUGUACUCGCGGCGGUUGGUGGAGGCGCUGGCGGACGCGGGCCGCGGCGGGCUGCUGGCGGCGGAGGCGGCGGAGCGGCAGGCAGAUGGCGAGGCGGCGCCCAACAGCAGCGGCAGUAGCGGCGCACCUGGGGGCGAGGGCACGGCAGCGGGUAGCGGUCGUGACGGUGUUGGCGGUGUUGGCGGUGGAGGGUUUGACGUGCAGCGGGCGGUGGAUGAGGGCGUAGUGCGUGUGUCCCUGCUCCAUUACAACACACCGGACGAGGUGGAGCGGUUGGUGGAGGCGCUGCAGCGGCUGCUGUGAGCGUGGGCGUGGGCGGCACUGCGACUAGUUACAGGUUGAAACGUGCAUCGGAAGUAGGGGCGUAGGCAUGUCACGCCCCAACCAUGUUUUGUUUGGUCCAGGGCCGCCACCGGGGAAUUGAGUACCCACUAACCGUUCCCGUUACUGGUGGUUGCCGGUGAAUGACACGCGCCGGCAACGACGCAUGACGUGCCAGGAAGUGAUGUACGGUAUCGAUGGGUCGAAUGCGCGGCUCCAGUCACAACGCACACGCCCGUCUCGCCGGCUGGUGCUGUCACUGCUGUGGUGCUUGAAGUGCGCGUGGCCGAGUAUGACCGCACAUGCAA